AGCGGCGGCCGGGGCUCCCCCUUCUUCUCCCCCCACGUCUUCCUCACCGGCCUCAGCAAGAUGUACGGCAGUGUAUUCCGGCUCUUCGUGGGCAGCCGCCCGUUCAUCGUCCUCAACACCUUCGAGGCGGUGCGGGAGGCGCUGGUGCAGAAGGCGGAGGUGUUCAGCGACCGGCCCACCGUCCCCAUCGUCCUCAUGAUCACCCGCAAGAAGGGUGUUAUUUUUGCACCGUACGGCCCUGUCUGGAAGCAACAGAGGAAAUUCUCUCUCUCAACACUGCGUCAUUUUGGAGUAGGAAGACACAGCUUAGAGCCUAAAAUCAUUGAGGAGCUGAAGUUUAUAAAGGAGGAAAUGCUGAAGCAUGGAAAGGAUUCAUUUAAUCCCUUUCCAAUCAUUCGCAACGCAGUGUCCAAUGUUAUCUGUUCCAUGGCCUUUGGCAGACGUUUUAACUACGAAGAUGUUGAGUUCAAGACGAUGCUGAAGAACAUGGCCCGUGCACUAGAGCUAAGCGUGAACAGCUAUAUGAUCCUGGUCAAUAUCUGCCCUUGGCUGUACUACCUUCCCUUUGGGCCUUUCCGGGAACUUAGGAAAACAGAAUUAGAUAUUACUGCUUUUCUAAAGAAAAUAAUUGCACAGCACAGGGAUACCCUGGAUGCAGCAAAUCCCAGGGACUUCAUUGAUAUGUACUUCAUCCAUGCAGAAGAAGAAAAGAACAACAAGGAGAGCAGUUUUAAUGAAGACUACCUAUUUUUUAUCAUUGGUGACCUCUUCAUCGCAGGCACAGACACUACUUCCAACACAUUACUGUGGUGCCUGCUCUACAUGUCUCUCUACCCAGAAGUACAAGAAAAGGUUCAUGCAGAAAUUGAAGCAGUUCUAGGACGUGACAAAGUUCCCUCUCUUACCCACAAGGCUCAAAUGCCCUUCACAGAGGCAACCAUUAUGGAAGUGCAGAGGAUGACUGCUGUUGUUCCCCUUUCUAUUCCUCGAAUGGCCUCAGAAACUGCUGUGCUGCAGGGAUAUACUAUUCCUAAGGGCAGUGUGAUUGUGCCCAACUUGUGGUCAGUACACAGAGAUCCUAACAUUUGGGAGAAACCAGAUGAAUUUCAACCGUCAAGAUUUCUGGAUGAAAAUGGCCAGCUAAUUAAGAAAGAGGCAUUCAUUCCUUUUGGAAUGGGUAAACGUGUGUGCAUGGGAGAGCAGUUGGCAAAAAUGGAGCUAUUCUUAAUUUUUGCAAGUCUAAUGCAAAGUUUUACCUUUUUGUAUCCUGAAAAUGCUGCAAAACCAUCUCUGGAGGGAAGGUUUGGUCUAACUUUAGCUCCAUGUCCAUUCAAUAUAAUAGCUUUGAAGAAAUGAUAUAACAUCAAAAAAGAUUAAACAAAGAAAUUCUACACUUUUAAAAUCCAGCUUUAUUUUGUUUCCAGCUUAUUUUGUUACUUUGUUUCCAGAAAAAACACCAACUGCAUAGGCUUUCCUAGUCAGUGAGAAUGAUCCAUUUACACUUCUGGAAAGAGAAGAUUUUUUUUUUUUGUCAGCUGUUGCAUUCCACAAAUGAACUGACAGCAUAGUUCGCAAUUUGAUAUUAAAACUUGCUGGGCUUAACCCCUCUGUCUAUAAGCUAUUACUGUCAGUUUGUGAAAUAUUAAUUAUGGGAGAAUGGUCCAAAACAUCUGUUAAUGCUUUAGCAAAGAGUAAUUGUUAUUUUGGUAAAAGCAGUAUGUAAACAUUUAAUUUACCAAAUAAGUGAAGGACAUCAUCUAAUAGCAAAAAGAUUAAUGAGUGAGAGGGUAUUAGCGUUUUCUGUGUAAAGAAACAUUAUAACUGAGCCUAAAUAAUGACAAAUACUUUUUGGAAAUGACUAAAUGACACUUCUUUUAACCUUGGAGGAUUCUUUUUGCAAGUAACUCAUAGGUGUAGACUGGAUCGAAUCAGCCUGGAUUCCUCGAUCUAAACGUUCUUGACUGUCAGGGCUCACUAUAAAAAAGCAGGUACCGAUUCUGAAAACCCAGGCUUGGUGGCCAAAUGAAUCCUUGAAUAUACCAUGUUCUUAACAUGAAAGGAGUGUGCAGCGUCUGGAUACAGAUGUUUUAUCUCAGAAUAUAAAUGAGAGCAGAUUUCUCUAACAAAAAACAGAAGUCUGUUCUCUCUGGUGCCAAGCAGAUAUUCAAGACGACAUCUGUGCUGCCACUUGGCAUUCGCUGUUUUCCCCACAUCAGCAGUGGCUGCAGUCUGGACGAGACCAACAGCCCGCUCAUUGGGGAAAACUCUACGUGCAUAAUCCUGAAGUUGGGGCUUGCACUCAGAUUUUUUCAUUUACAGGCAGUGUGGACAGUACUGCCACAACCUGUUUGGCUUUGGGAACUGGAGUCUUACUUCAAAUACGGCACUACAGAUGUAGGUCUUAUACAUUUAGGCAUGGAACAUGAGGAAUAUGACAAACUUGAGGUUUGAGUAUAAAGGCUUUCUCUUUGUUGUCUUCCAUAUGGAGUAAAAAGAUCUGUAGUUCAUACAAUAUUAGUGUAUCAGUACCUUACUCUUUUCACAUGCAAAAUUUUAGUGCUGUUUACCAUUAUCAAACCAAUUGCCAGGGAAACCUGUUGUUAGGUGUUUCGGAAGGAGGCACUCAAUCUUGUCUUUUAUUUGAAAGAUCGCCUAAACAUCGAAAGCGAUCUUUUGGGGGACAUGUAACAACCUUUAAAUAAUUGUUCUUAAUCAUCCUUAAAUCUCUUUAUACACCUUUUGAUCUAGCAGAAUUUCAUAUCACAUGAAAUAACUACAUGUGUACUCUUUUAAGGAAAUAUUCCCCCCCCUCCAUUGGAGAUGUAGAGAAUACUAGCAGUCCUCUUAAUGUCAAGUUUACAAGACUAGAAUGUGCAAUUGAUUGUAAAGUGGAAUUGGGUAUUCCAUAGCAGAAACUAAACCUAAAUUGUAAAAGAAGAGUCAACUCUUCAGCUUUAAAUUAACCUCUGUUUUUGUCACUUUUUAACUUGAAGUUUUAAAAGCCAGGUAGUGCCUAGCAAAGACUGUAAGAUAGUUAUUUUGGAUUUAAA